AUCUAUUAUUAAUAUGUUAUAUACAUACACUCAUUGUUAUUAAAUCUUUGCAGGGGGAGCUCAAUCGGAAAGUUUCCGAAAUAGAAAAGGUUACUUUUCCUUGAAUGUGCAAAUGGUAUGUGAUGCGAAAUUGCGCAUAAGAAAUAUCAUUGCAAGAUGGCCAGGUUCUGUACAUGAUAGUACAAUUUUUAAUGACUCACCAUUGUGUGCCCAAUUAGAAAGAGGAGAUUUUACCCCUAUGGUACUUCUGGGCGAUAGUGGUUAUCCAUGUCGCCCCUAUUUGUUAACCCCAAUUUUAAAUCCAAGGACACCAGCUGAAGAAGCAUAUAACCGUUCACAAAUUAGAACCAGAAAUCCAAUAGAAAGGCUCUUUGGUGUUCUUAAAAGAAGAUUUCCCUGUCUCCACUAUGGGUUAGGUCUGAAGACUACCAAUAUUCCACCUAUUAUUGUGGCAUGUGCAGUACUCCACAAUAUUGCUAUUUCAAGGCAGGAUGAAGUAGUUGAAGAGGAUGAUCCUUUAACUAUUGUUGAGGAAGAAAUUAUGGUGCAACCCAGCAAUGAAACAAAUCAAAACUUUAUUGUGAGGACAUCGUUAGUAAAUACAUAUUUUUCUGGUUAAUUUUUUUUUAAAUUUUAAAAUCAAUUCUUUACAACAUAACGAAUACUAACAACAAUAAUCAGUGAAAAGUUUGCUAUAUCACAGUGUAGAUUCAUGAAAAUACAGUAACUUAAUAUAAUUCUUCUGUGUGUUUAUCACUGAACUCCUAAAAGGCUGGACCAAUUUCGAUGAUUUUUUUUUGUUUGAGUCCCUGGAUGGUUUAAAUUCUCAAUUAGAUCCAUUGUUGAGGUCCAGAAAUCACCCAUAAUGUAAAAUGUGACAAUGUGGUUGUCGAUUUUCAAAUAAAACUGAUAGAAUAAAAUAGAAUAAUUUUUUAUUCAAUAUUGAUUAUUACAUAAUACUUCUGAAAGUUUUAUUUACCACUGGUUUGGAAAAUAUCUCUGUCCUGGGAAGAAACAGCAAGAAACACAGUGGGACUUUUUUUCCAAACAUAUUUCACGUAACAAUAAUUUCAUUUAUACAAUUUUAAAUGAUUUUUCAUAGAACCAGCAUGGUGGCGAUCACCUUAUUCCAGGGGUUAUUUUCAUUCAUGUAUUCCUUGAUAUUAUAAUAACCCUUUUUGUACAGUUUUUCUUUAAUAAAACUUUUAAACUUGUUUAUUGACAAACUUUGAAUAUGUUAGUAUGUAAUUUUGUUGUAAAAACAAAAUAUGACAUUGCCCCAUAAAUGAAUUACUGUUUCUGUAGAGACUGGUAAUUGGAUAUUGUUUUACUCUAAUAUAUAAUUGACAGAGUUUCUGCUUAAGGCAAAAAAGUAUGUUACAACUUUUAGACCCGCAUUAUGUGGUUUACAAUUAUUCAUAAACAGAAAUAGUUUAAAAUCACCUACAUUAUUUAUUACAUCCUGAAUCUUAUUUUAUAAUGUAAUUACAAACUUAAAUAGUAUAUAUACUAUAAAUCAAAUAAUUAUGCAUUUAUUUAAUCAAGUUAUGUUUAAUAAUAAAAGGUUUAAGUAAGUUUAUAAUUAUGGCUGAGGGCGGGAAACAUUUACUAAAAAAAGAUAAAUUAUACAAUGUCAAAGUCUUAAAUCUAAAUAUGUUACAGUAAUAAAAUAAAAUAUUCAUGGUAUAUAAUUCUUAUUGUCUAGAAGCUUGUAACCUAUUUAAUUUCAAAAUUUGUAUUUCUAAUUUAUAUUUGUUUAGUUCCAUUUUGUUUUUGUUUAUUAAAUAUUUAUUUUCUAAUUUGGCAUUUCUUUCUUAUGCUUUAAAAUACUGUUGUUUAAUGGUUUCAUAUGAUUUCCUUUUUGUUACAUUAUGUUGGUGUGCUGAAAAAUGUUUAUCUAAGGUUAAUUUACAACUUUAUUAACAAAAAAAACAGUGUUUAAAAAAUCAUAUAUGAAUAUGUAUAAUUUACAUUAUUCAUUAGCAAAAAUAUAAUUUUUAUCAAGAUAUUACUCGACCUCACUAAUGUCACAUAAUAUAUAUUAAUAAUUUAUUCCAUAAUGCACAAUUGAUGAAAAGUAAAAUUAAGUCAAUACCUUUUGUAUCAGAUGUUAUUGUAUGAGGUUUAUUGCUAUUCUGCUCAAUAUAGUCAUUUGAUAAAAGUGUUUGAUGGUUAUCUAAAAUAAAAUUUAGUAUGAAAAUCAAAUAUGAAUCUAAAAUAUAUAGUAAUAUAGUAUUUACCAGUAUUAGCACUGUCAUCCUUAUUUAAAUCAUUCACUGUUAAAAUAGUUUCUAUGUCCUCAGAAAUCAAUUCUGUGUCACCUGAUAAACAAUAAUUAAUUUUAUUUCUUAUUAAAGAUCUAAAUUAUAGAGAUUAAACAAACUAACCAAAAUAAAAUGCAGCAUCAUCAAAUGGAUUUUGCAGUAGUUACACUUGUGGAACAACCAUUGUUAAAAUCUGAGCAUGUUACUGAGUUAGAACUGAUUUAUAGGACCCACCACCAGUAGAAGUUAUUUCUUUAUAUAUAAAAAAAAAACUUAAUUACUUAAUAGGUACUUAAUCAAUUAUUUUCAAGAUAUAUGGCAAUAUAUACCUUAUCUAUUGAUGCCCUUUUUGGGCCUCUUUUGUUUUUUCAUUGUACUGUAGUCUCUAAAAACAAAAUGAUUAUGAAAUAAUACGAAUACAAUAAAUCGUGACUACUAAAUAUUUAUACAGCGUUGUAUUCCUUGCACACAAUCCCAAGCUUGUCGUUUCUUCAAAAUAAUGUGGGCGUUCGUCUCUUUAUUUUCUAUAAUAUGUUGAUAUCUGAAAUAAUAUAUAACACGUGUUACAAUGUGAACAACUUUUAUUUAAUUCGCAAUGAAAUAAAGGGCAUUCUAUUCGGUUAAAAUAAUUUGUUUCAUUUGAAGAUUUAAAUAUUUACUUACUUUUUUAUCAAUUCUAAUAAAGUAUCUUUCUCCGACACUGUGUAAUUGCAUCCGCGUCUCUUUUUAACAUCCAUAUUUUACUAUAAUUUGUACUUAGCCUUUAAUUGAAACUAGCAAAAUAUGUUCAAUAUUAAUUCGAAAAUUUAAAAAUCACUGGACGCGAUCAAAGAAACUGACACUGACAGCACAUAACAGUAAGAUUCUCGAUUCGUUCUAGGACGACAGACAGAGCGAUUUUCAAAAAUUUUAUACUUUGAAAUGUCCUUUUUAUCCACAAUAUUUAAAAAAAAACACAUAAAUCACAUUCUAAAUGAAAGUAUUAUUAGGAGGUUAUUUUUGAAUAUAAUUUAAAAACAAAUCGAACAUAAAAUUAUUUAAAUCUUUUUAGAUGAUGUUGCAUAAAACGUAUUUAAAUUCAAAUAUCGUAAAAUUGUCAAGAAGAACAAAGUUUUAUAAAUGAAUGUUACCAUGACGUAAACAUUUGAGAGCUGCUCAACUAAUCAAGCCCUCAAAUCACUUGAGUGAUGUUUCUGUAUUUCAGUUAAAUUUGAGUGAUGCUUAAAUAUAGGGGACCUUUAAUAAAGUGACAGAUUUAAGUUGCGUUUCAGUAUUCGGGCAUAAAUCAUGUCUAUAUAUCGUUAUAUAUAAAAAUUACGUGUCACAUUGUUCGUCCGCGAUGAACUCCUAAACUACUAAACUGAUUUCAAUGAAAUUUUUCACACUGUGCGCAGUUUGGUCCAACUUGAGAGAUAGGAUAAUUUUUAUCCCGAUAAGUGACCUUCAAUAUUUUUUUAUUACGAAUUUAAGGAUUUUAUCAUACGAAGGGUCGUUGGAAAGGGCAGAACAACGUCUGCCU